AGAAGCCAUCAUCUGCUCGUGUGCCUUGUAGAAAUGUAUUACUAGUAUCUGCUCAACUUCUUCCCGCCUGAGUUUGCCGAUUCAAGUGUUGCACAUGCGGUUCGUCUUUAAGUUCUAAACGAUAUACAACAUGUUGUGUCUGGAAAGUCUGCAAAACCAUCUGGAACUCGACAGUUUUGAAGAAUGCACCCCCUUCAGCAACUUUGAAACCAGAUCUGCAGUGAAGACUGUUGUCCUGACACAUUGUUAUGGCAGAGGAAAGACAAAGGCAGAGAUUUGUGUACCAAGACUACCUCGUGGAAUCACUUUGGUGGCUGCUAAUGCUUUGCCUAGCGUUGAAUUGAGAAGCAUACUCCCAACCAAGAAGCGUAUGGGGAGGGGGAGAGCUCGCAUACUGUCCCAGCAUGCAGCCAAUCAAGCAGAACAGGUUAAAGAAUUCCCUACAAGUACAGCUAGGCAUGUUUCCAUGGGAACACCUAAAGAAUCACCGUUUCAGCAUCCUUUUAAGCAUCCUACAGGCUCAACAGAUUUUGGAACAACUCUUUUUGAUGAUUCUGACUGUUACAUGUCUGAUGAAGAGAAUCAGGAAGAAAUCCUGCUGCCAUCACAGAGAGGGAUGGUGAGUCGCCCUUUUCUACCACCUCCGAAACAUACUAAAUCUUUUGAUGUCAAAUCUAAAAAUGAUUUCCCAACACUUGGAGGAGCACCUCAAAAUGAUGUGAACACUAAUACCAACAAUGCAGCUACAUCGGUGAGGACGUUCUCACCUUUACCACCAAGACUAAGCAAGAAAGUAACAAAUGUAGACAUUAUUUUCGAACCAAUGAAAGACAAAAAGUCAAAGAAGAAACGAAAAUCAGAAAAUAAAAACAGAAGCGAAACCAGAAUGGUUGAUACAGAAUCUCAGCAUAUGGAUAUAGAUUUGAAUUCUGAUGGUACUAUGAGAGACAAGUAUGUGAUUUGUGAUGCAGAGGGAAUUCCUGGUAAAGAAAAUGUUACUGUGAAGCCUAUGUUAGAGUUAUCUCCCCUGAGGGAACCUCUCCCAGUGGAAGCAGACGUAAAAGACAUGAGUGGUGGUAAGAUAGACUCAAAGAAAACAGUUGUAUCAGACUCCUGUGAUGUGAAACAUAUGAAGGGACCUCCUUUACAACACACAGAUUCUUGGACAAUUGUUGGUGCAAAUGUAAUACAGAUUGAAGGUGUCCCUAAAGAUGGAAACACUACCGAAUUAGAGGAAAUGGUUUCAGCUUAUGGAGUGGUUUUGGAGUCCCAGAAGAAGACACUUUCUGAUGGGAGAGGUGCUAUGAGAUUCAGGUACAGUGACUCAGAUUUCUGUGAGUGGGCUGUGUCAUGUCUACAUGACUCAGAUUGUGUCUUCCCAGUACUGAUUCACCUAGUACUCUGGUUUGCUACAUUGUGGAAUGAUGGGGAAACUGAUGAGACUAGAGAGAGAGAGGCUGAGUGAGUGUAUUAAGUGGGAAUUCACACCCACCAAGAAUGUGCCUCGCACUCUGUGGCAGUGUGGAGGAUCAAGUUGGUUAUGUGUUGGACGAACAAAGCACAAACUGGGUACCCAUCAUGACUUUUACAAAAACAUGAUCUAUUUCUUCAAUUGGCAUUUAGAAGCUUAAAACACAUCGGAACAGCAGAUGAUCAACAAGAAAGGCAAAGUGAAGGACGAAUCAUAUUGUUCAUGCAAACAACUUUGUCAAUAUGUUAUAUUGAAUGAUAUAUGUACCCCGUAUUUCAUUAAGGAUGACAAUAAGGCUGUAACAGCAGAUCCUUAAUGAACCAAUGUGUCCGUCUGAAAUAUCCAGUUCCACUACCUUGUGUGUGCGGUACCCUGGGUGAUUGAGAAUGACCCUUAGCUGACCUUAAUACAUACCAGACUAGGAGUCUAAUGAAAGGGAGAACCAUAAUUAUAUUAUGAUUAUAAUACUAUGACAAGAUGGUUUCAGUAGGUCUUCGGAAAAAAAUCUUUUUCAAAUGGAGCCACCGGCCACCUUAUGUUAUUUUUCUGGUAGCCAAUGCAAUAUAUAGGCACCAGUACAUGUCAACAUGGAGGCUUAUUCAACAUGAAACCAAGCAAUGUAAAUGAGCCAUAUUUCUUCAUGAGAUACUGCUAAACAAACAUAAAUCCAGGCUCAGAAUCCGCUAAUCAGCAUAAUCUGUACAGUCCAUAACAACAGCAGGGGUGGAAGGUUUGCUCGUGGGUCAGCGAUGUCAACGACUGAGUCGUUUCGAAGUGGCGCAUUGACAAAUACAGUUGAGCACGUGCAUUACACAAUCCACCGCUGUCCCCUGUUCAGUGGAAAUAGAUUCAUCCCUUGCAGUGGAACGCCUGCUGUGCCAAGGUGCUGUGUUUCUUAAGCUUGUUUGGCAGUAAUAUCAUUAUCUUCUGAAAACACAACAUAAUUUCUUGCAUUGGCCAUCAUAAUCAUUUAAAAAUCCUUGUACUUGCUAACACUGGUAACUUAUAGCAUUCAUUGCACGAUUUUAGAGGAGCAGGGUCCCAGGUUUUGACGCAUGUUUCAAACACAUGCUGAUUACUGAUGGUGCAGUUUUUGUAUUACGGAUCUGAAAAUCGUGUCUUGUGCUUCUUGAAAACGCUUCAAAACACCAAAACGACCGUAUUAUUAAUUAAAUGCAAAGAUAUUUCAAUACAUUGACCUUACAUUAGUACGCAAACAGCUCAUAUUAAACAGUAGAGGACUGUUUGUGUAAUGAUUGAAAAUUACUUUUUACUUUUCAAUGAAGACGUCAUGAGUCUCGUUUUGUUGUGAUGACUCCUUAGAAAAA